AACCCACAGACAGUUAAACACACUACGACAUCACCCGGCGCCUUUGUUGUGAGACGAUAGCAAGGCGACUUGUUGUAUCCUUCCAGCUUAAACCACUCAGUUCAACAGAGGAGGAAAACAUCACAAACAGCUUGAAAUGAUUAGUGUUAACUGAAUCACCCCGAAGUGGGAUCCGUAGUGUAUUAAGUGGAAGAAGUCCGUCGCUAUCAGAGAGGAGGUUUCAACAGAUCCGAGGAGAGUACACAUGUCGUCUGCGGCAGAGACAGUGGAAAAUGCCUCCAUCAUGUCAGAGAGUGUGGCCCAUGACGGAAACCGCUUGUGGAUAGGCAACAUUGAUCCCAAAAUUACAGAGUAUCAUCUUGUGAAGUUGUUGGAGAGGUUUGGCAAUGUGAAACAGUUUGACUUCCUGUUUCACAAGUCUGGGCCUUUGGAGGGACAGCCGCGGGGCUACUGCUUUGUCAACUUCAACACCAGAGAGGAAGCAGAGAGGGCGAUCCAGUGUUUAAAUGGGAAACUAGCUUUGUCCAAGAAGCUGGUCGUGCGCUGGGCGCACGCACAGGUGAGGAGGUUUGAAGGUUUCCGUAACGACAAGACGAUGCCUCCGAGCCUGGAGCCGUCGUGCAGCGGGGCGUCAGACGACGGAGCCUUAACCGCCAACCACCUCAGUACGAGUGCUAAGAUCCGCGCCAUCGAGGCCAAGCUCCAGAUGAUGGACGAGAAUCCAGAUGAUGACUACUCGGGCCCGUCAGCCUACGUUUACAACAAACCGCCAGAGAGGAAACGCUGGGAGCCCUACUCUAAAUCACACCACAAUAACCAGAGCAGGCCCUUCCGCAAGUUUAGGAGAUGACCCAUCCCCUUCCCCACUCAUUCUGGAGCCUCCCCUACACACCUCACCCUCCACCGACACACAAACAGACUCUACGCUAGAUACUAUAAAGACUAUACACACCCUAUAUGGGGAGAAAAAGGUUUUGAAUACUUUGAGAAGCCGGACUCUUUGGGAGUAAUCACAGCAAUCUUGGACAAAAGUGGUUUUUAUUUUGGUUUAUGAGUUCUUACUUGGUCUUAACAUAUGUCCCCUACCUGACUGCUGUGCAGGUUGGAUCCCUUAUCAAUCUCACUUUUGCAGAGAUUUAAUGCAGGUGAAUCAUACAGCUGUGAGUCACACACGAGGGAAAGAGAAAUGUUAUUAUUAUUAAAAAAUCUAAAUGGCGAUUCUCUUAUUGUUUUUCACGUGUUUUUUAAUUUCAGAUGGUAUUAUUUAAAAGGUGAAAUAUUUGUCUUUAUUCAAGACUUCAGUGAAGAGGAAGAAAUGCAAAGAAACAGGUUUGUAUUAAUGGAGUUCAAAUGAUAAAGCCACUCAGCGACAAUUACUGUACAUUGCAGUAUUUUUGUGUGACGUUGCUCUUUUCCUAAUAGUUUUUUUUCCCCCUGGAUCCAAUUUUUUUAUACGACUGCACUCAAACUCUUUUUACUGACUCUUUUUUGUGUUGAGUUUUGGUAUUUCCCUAACCACAGUCUCUUUAUUUUACCAAUUAAAGGCUAUUAAAUAUCACAUCUGCAGCGUGUUGUUCAAUGCCCUUUGGUAGAUAUUCUACAUUAAACGUAUUACUUAAAAUGCAGGAUUCAGUUUUAUGAUUUGUCAGUCGACAACAUUUCAACACUCUAAAUCACGCUGAUAUAAUGGUAUUGUUUUGUAAGAAAUCUAAAGCAUCUGCCUCUCAUUAAUGGGAGACUUUAGAGGACUCCCAAUUAAACCCAUUAAUCCACCAUGGUUUAAGAAAAAAUGCAGUCCUGAAUUAUCACAGAAUUUUUUUAAAUCAGGGAGAUUAGCACAAGACAGAUGUCCCAAUGUUUUCUAUAAUAACUGAUAAUCCUGUUUAUUAUAGCAUACAUUAUGUUUUUUUGUCCCAGUAUUCUUUUCGUCUCCCUGUUUCGAUUAAUUCGUCUGCAGUCUACCAAAAGUUUCUGUAAAUCAUUUAAAUAUUUGCUGGCCCUUUGGGGUUUAAUGUGGAAACAUUUUCAAAUGUAAUGUUUAUUGAUUUCUGUGUUCACUAUACUUUUGAUGUGGUCUGAGUUGUGUUUUCCUGCAGGUGUGACGUGCAGUGUGAGGCUAUAAAAAACGUCUUUAAGGCACAAAAAAGACAUCAUAUGUUGGUGAAAUUGUAAUCUGAAUUUGUUUGCGUGGAGAAUGAAUUUGCCAACCAAAGGUCCUUUUUGCAGAAGCAAUGUUUUUUAAGAGUUUACCAAGAAUAUUUAAGUCCCAUAUUAAGGCUGGAUGACGUUGCGGAAUGGAUGGAGAUGGGCAGACUAAUUGUACAAGAUGAGAAAAAGCACAAUUUGGUGCGAACAGAGCAAAUCAAAUCCUACCUCUUGACAUCAGUCAGCCCUUUUUUUUUUUCUUUAAAUGUCUUUGUUGCAAAAUCACCCGAUUGCAGAUUAUUUCUGAUGGCCAUUAGAAUCAAUUAAUGUUUUCUUUGCAAUGUGUGUAAUUUAUCUGUUUUCAAUAAAAGGCCUAUUCGUUAAAAUAUA